CUUUGGAAACCAAACCUAAUAGAGGAAAUCUCUCCUGGACGGGAAGUGCAUGUACGGGUGCCACCUUCCCUUUUGGACCAAAUAAAAGGAAGCUUGCUUCAAAGAGAUAUUGCAUUUACUGUCAUGAUCAGUGAUGUACAAGCACUCAUAGCUAAAAGCAAUGUAAAUGAACACAGAGUGCAGACAUUGCUGUCUUCAUUUGAUUACACUAAGUACCAUCCAAUGAAUGAGAUUUACAAGUGGAUUGACCAAAUCAAGGAAGCACAUCCAGAUCUUGUUACAUUAAAUUAUUUGGGAUCAACCUAUGAGAUUAGGCCUAUUUACUACUUUAAAAUAGGAUUGCCAGCUGAUAAGAAAAAGAAAGUUAUUUGGAUGGACUGUGGAAUACAUGCCCGGGAAUGGAUCUCAGUAGCAUUUUGUCAAUGGUUUAUUAGAGAACUACUUGAACAUUAUAACAGCAAUGAAGUCAUAAAUAAAGCCCUCAAAAAUAUAGACUUUUAUAUUGUUCCUGUUCUCAAUAUUGAUGGAUUUGUGUACUCCUGGAAUACGGAUCGUCUCUGGAGAAAAUCACGCUCACCCCAUAACAAUAGUACUUGCUUUGGAGUAGACCUCAAUCGAAACUUUGAUUCAAACUGGUGCACAAUUGGUGCAUCUAGGAACUGUAGCACCCUUACUUUCUGUGGAACUGGCCCAGCCUCAGAACCAGAGGUCUAUGCAGUGCAACAGCUGGUGAACAGCAUAAAAUCUGAGAUCUUGUGUUUCCUGACAAUGCAUUCUUAUGGACAACUCAUUCUUCUGCCAUAUGGAUAUACCACAAAUGAGUCUGCUAAUCAUAAAGAAAUGCUAUCCGUUGGGGAGAAGGCUGCUGCCAGACAGGCACAGAUACAUGGCACACAAUACAGAGUUGGAUCAGCAUCUACUAUAUUAUAUAGCAACUCUGGUUCCUCAAGGGAUUGGGCUACUGACCUUGGAUUUCCUUUUGCAUACACAUUUGAGUUAAGAGAUAAUGGGACAUAUGGCUUUGUGCUUCCCGAAGACCAAAUCAAACCAACCUGUGAAGAAACCACAGCCGCAAUUUUAUCCAUUAUUGAAUAUCUCAAUGAAAAACACUUCAGCAGUGCAUCAAGAAUCUUCUCUGGCACUCUGUGGAUAAAUCUGAGUUUCUCCGUCUUAAUUGGCACAUAUUAUUCUUUGUUUUAA